AUGUACCGACAGACAGUUGACCCGCGUGCGAGCGAAGUGAUGUGUUUGUGCCGGCUACGUGUUGGUCAAUUGGCGGCGGCGAUGGUGGCUGCGUUGGAGCGCCAUCGAGUAGGUCGACAGUUGUUGCAUGGCAAUGUAUCGUGUACCCGUUGUGGGAAUCCGAGUCAUGGCUUGUGUCACCUAAAGUGUCUGGAGUGGGAUUAUAUUAAUGAAUUUUACAAGGUUCACUAUACCCGAUUAAAUGACUUUCUGAGCGAGGCAAAUGUGACCGAAUGGUCGAGCCGAUUUGUGUGCAUAGUAUGCAAGCUGACCACGGCAGACCCGUUCUACAAAGUGCAGAAGAUCUUCGGCAUCCAGUACCACGCACCGGUCCAUGGUUGCAAUUUCCGCGAAGACCCUCCCCGCUAUUCACAAGCCUCAGGUGGCAAGUGCGACGUGGGCAUGCGGGUCGUAGUCAACAGCCGCGAAGCCACUCAGUGUCUCGAAAAGGGCUUCGGGCUCCAAGUGCGAGUUUUCAAGCUGAAGUUUGAUAACACCUGCUACCCAAAAUUCCCUAACGGAGAAGUGGAAAUACAUUUCAGCUAUGGAGUCACAGAAAGUUCCGAGAAGCUUAAGAGGCCACCCAACAUGAGAUUAAGACAAGACCAUUUCGUCAAUGUCAACGACCAGCUACUAAGAUAUAUAGCUAACAACAACAACUCCUUAUCCAGGCAACCUAGUGUUCGGAUAGUUGGUGAGUUCGAUGGGAUCGCAGAUGGUCCCUAUAUAUUUGCCCUUGCUAUCGUCGAACCAGACAAACCCGAUGCCUGGUACAAACGUCUUAAGGCAACGACAACCUUACCCAUCAAACUGGCCGAAGAGUUUGUCAGAAACGCAUUUUUUGGCCAAGGCAAAUCUCUUACCCGAGGACCACUCGAUGACGAAUUAGACAUCAUCGAUUUCGCUCGAAAUGUCAAGCUCACCUGUCCCUCCACCAUGCUCAAAAUCGACGAACCAGCACGCGGAAUUAAUUGCCUCCACGUCCAGUGCUUCGAACUCGAAUAUUACGUCCACUCGCAAAAUGCUGUUCAUCAGGCGCAACGCUGGCGUUGUCCCAUCUGCAAACUGCCAUGCAGACCUGAAGACAUUAUCAUCGACUCAUGGCUACAAGACAUACUACAUCAAACCUCCGAAACUGACAAAUUAAUCGAGGUAUAUGAGGAUCAGUUGACUCAUGAUUUGAAGUGGAAACUGAUUAAACAAGAGGCGAAGAAAAAGCGGCACCCCAACCCUGAGUUAGCUGCGGCGAAAGAGCCGGCCCUAGCACCGGAGAUCAUCGACUUGUGA